AUAUGCAAUUCUGCGUAAAAUACGAUAGAAUUAGAGAAUUUGUAACCUCUUGUGAUUAAAGCUCAUUUUGUUUCUCCAUUAUAGUCCGAACUGAUCCACAAAUAUGGAUACCCAAUCGAACGACACGAAGUUAUCACCGACGACGGAUAUGUGCUGGCGUUAACGAGAAUUCCUCCCAAGGAUAAACCAUCCAAUCUAUCGCUUCCGAAACUUCUGGUGCACGGAGUGUUGGGUAGUUCUGCUGAUUUUCUUAUCAUCGGACCUAACAAUAGUCUCGCCUAUCUGUUGGCUGAUCAGGGCCAUGAUGUAUGGAUGGCGGAGCUGCGCGGCAAUCGAUACUCUCGUCGACACACCACCCUGUCACCCGACUCGCGAGCGUUCUGGGACUACACCUGGCACGAGAUGGGCUACUACGAUCUGCCGGCCACGAUCGAUCACAUCUUGCAUGUGACCGGUACAAGGCGCCUCCAUUACAUCGGCUAUUCGCAGGGAACUACCGUGUUCUUCGUGAUGGCCUCCAGUCGGCCAGAGUACAAUGAAAAAAUUAGCCGAAUGUACGCUCUAUCAGCGACUGUAUAUGCGGAGCACUUCCGAAGUCCUAUCAUUCGAUUGUUGGCAGAGAACAUUAACACCGUCAAGUAUUUCGUAGACACUAUGGGGCUGUGGCAGGCGUUACUCCACAACAAGGCACAGUACGUACUGCAGAGAACAUUCUGUCCAGCACGCAUAGCGCGAAAUAUUUGUGUCCAACUGUUCGAACUGUUAUUUGGGGCCAAUCCCAAUGUAACGGACCCGGUAGGAUGGCUAAUUUGUUGUACAGUCGCUCUGCGCUAGUUCGUAUUUAUAACCAUUCUUUUGUGUCUAUGUUUUAGCUGGCACAGCACGUGAUUGCUGGACAUAAUCCUUCUGGAGUAUCAACCAAACAGCUGCAACACUUUGCUCAGCUGUACCAUUCCGGUCGCUUUCAACAGUUUGACUACGGGCGAAAGGAACUGAAUCGCGCCGCCUAUGGACGUGAACAUCCACCGAAAUACAAUUUGUCCGCUGUCACCACACCAGUUGUGAUAUUUUACGCCCUAAACGAUUGGAUAAUAGAUCCAGCUAAUAUUGUACGACUAGCGAGCGAGCUACCGAAUUUCGUUUCCAUAACCGUUGUAGAGGAUCCCAACUUCAACCAUCUUGAUUUUAUAAUAGCAAAACGUGUUCGUGAGCUUGUGUAUGACAAAAUUCUGCUCGACCUGAACUUGUUGUAACAUCAAAUGUUAUGUUGUGAACAAGAUUAGCAGCGGGAACGAUAACCAAGAAGAAUCCAACCCGAUAGUAUAGAGGCAGCUAGAGUAGAGAAGCGGUUACCAUAUACGUAAGCCACGUGGAAAAGCGCUGUAAGCACUGGCUCACGGGAAGAAAUGAGAAGAAAAGGUUCUUUUUAAUUCGAAAGCCAAUACGGAAGGUACGAAUAAAUACUAAUCUUCGAUUGUACAAAAAAUUAUAAAUAGAUACAUUUUCGAUUUCUGCUAAUAAUUGUGGUACUCGGCACAGUGCUCGCCUAUCAAAUUUUAUAAUUUCAUACCGAGCGAUUUAAAGUGGUCAUUCAUAUAGCAAUUAAAUCGCUUUCAUUGAAAGAAUUUGGUUUUAAAUGAGCGAUUAAUAUAAUAAUAAGUUUGUUCUGUUGUCAGCGUAUGUAGCAAAACCGCACUGAUAUGGGUAUGGAUCCGAAGCCUCUCGAAGGAUAAUAUAAGCACUACAUACCAUACUCCGACUCAAUACGUCCACG